AUGGCAACCAAGCAGACAGAGCCGGUCACCGUCAUUAGCCUCCAGAAGCUGAGCCUGGAGACUCCAGAGCCACAGCCAAAAGAGUCAAAGACAUUCACCGUGGAAGACGCCGUGGAGACCAUUGGAUUUGGACGAUUCCACAUUGCUUUGUUUCUGAUCAUGGGCAGCACUGGGGUUGCCGAGGCCAUGGAGAUCAUGUUAAUAGCGGUCGUGUCUCCUGUCAUCCGCUGUGAAUGGCAGCUGGAGAAUUGGCAGGUGGCAUUAGUGACCACGAUGGUGUUUUUUGGCUACAUGGUAUUCAGCAUCCUCUUUGGCCUUCUGGCUGACAGAUAUGGCCGCUGGAAGAUUUUGCUCAUCUCGUUCCUGUGGGGAGCCUACUUCUCCUUGCUGACCUCUUUCUCUCCCUCGUACAUCUGGUUUGUCUUCCUACGGACAAUGGUGGGCUGUGGUGUGUCUGGCCAUGCACAAGGGCUAAUCAUAAAGACUGAAUUUUUGCCUACAAAAUAUCGAGGCUAUAUGCUCCCCUUGUCUCAGGUUUUCUGGCUGGCUGGCUCCCUGCUUAUCAUUGGCCUGGCCUCUGUGGUCAUCCCCACCAUCGGGUGGCGGUGGCUCAUCCGCAUCGCCUCUAUUCCUGGCAUUAUCCUCAUCUUGGCCUUCAAGUUUAUUCCUGAGUCUGCUCGCUUCAAUGUCUCCACUGGGAACACUCAGGCUGCCUUGGCCACACUGGAGCACAUUGCCAAGAUGAACCGCUCCGUCAUGCCAGAGGGGAGGCUGGUGGAGCCCAUCCUGGAAAAAAGAGGAAGAUUUGCAGACCUAUUGGAUGCUAAAUAUUUACGGACCACAUUACAGAUCUGGGUCAUAUGGCUGGGAAUUUCUUUCGCCUACUAUGGAGUCAUUCUGGCCAGUGCCGAGAUGCUGGAGCGGGACUUGGUCUGUGGCUCGCGGUCUGAGGUGGUGGUGACUGUGGGGGACACAGAAGGGAGCCAGAGUCCCUGCCACUGCCACAUGUUUGCCCCCUCUGACUACCAGACCAUGAUUAUCAGCACCAUUGGGGAAAUUGCUCUGAAUCCUUUCAAUAUCCUGGGCAUUAAUUUCCUGGGAAGACGGCUGAGUCUUUCUAUCACCAUGGGAUGUACAGCCUUAUUCUUCCUUCUUCUCAACAUUUGCACAUCAAGUGCUGGCCUGAUUGGCUUCCUGUUCAUGCUGAGGGCUUUGGUGGCAGCCAACUUCAACACCAUCUAUAUUUACACUGCUGAGGUCUAUCCCACAACGAUGCGCGCUUUGGGGAUGGGGACCAGCGGCUCCCUGUGUCGCAUUGGUGCAAUGGUGGCACCAUUUAUAUCCCAGGUUCUUAUGAGCGCAUCCUUCCUGGGGGCCCUGUGUCUUUUCUCAUCAGUCUGCAUUGUAUGUGCCAUUUCUGCCUUUACUCUCCCCAUUGAGACCAAAGGACGAGCUCUACAGCAAAUUAAAUGAAGUCCUGCAAACCAAUGUCUACCGGAGAAGAAAAAUGCAUUUUGUGUUUACAAAGAGCUGUGGCACAGUUUUAAAGACCUGGUUUAAUUUCUGUAUGCUACUUGGUAAUUAAGACACUGAUUAUGUAUUUCUGAAAAAUAAGGCACAUGAGAAUGAGGUGGGUUAAUUUUAUAUUCCUGUCUUUUUUGGGAGACUACAGAGAACUUUUGUAAAAAUAUACUUCAAAGAUGGGAAAGGUAGGUCUAUGGGAGAUGGGCAGGGGGAAGUAAAGUUUCUCAGAGAAAGUGCAUAUAUACUUGAUAUUCUCCCAUGAGGUUUAUAGCAAAAGUUGGACUGAAAUUUUGUA